UGUAUUUUAUUUUCUUGUAGAUAUCCAAAAGCAUUUUUAAAAGGAAUUAAAAAUAGUUAAAAUAUGUUGGUUUAUUAUGCGUAACAAAUUAUUUAGUAAGCAGAACAUGUCACAAUAAAAACAAAGUAUUAUAUUAAACUCAGAUUAUUAACAUAACAGAUAUUGUCAAAAAUAAAUGUGGAGCUGAAAUCCAAAUUAUCAACAUACAAACUCUAGCAUUUGCAAUAUAUCAAUUUUCAAAAUUAAAAAUAUAUUUCGCACUUUAACGCGGAUAAUAUCCUAGUAAUAUUCUAAACUAGUGAUAAUAUCUUUUGUUGAUACGUUUAAAUUUUUUAAUUAGUCACCAAACAUAAUUGAUUAACGAUGAAAUUUAAAAGAUUUGGUCAACAAAAAUAAAAAAAUUAACAUUUUAGUAAACAAGAGUUUAAACCAUCCACUUAGUCAAAAAUAUUAAUAUUAAAUCAUUAAGCGAAAACAUCAAAUUUAAUUGAUUAUGUUUGAAGGAAAUAACAUGAUUUAUACCAAAAACAUGAUAUUACUAAUUCACUAAUAUAUUAUUUUGAUUAGUUACACAAAGGUAACAAAGUGUUCACAGAAAUUGGGAGGAAGACACUAACUAGAAGGAGAUUAAAUAGUAGUAAUAACUAUCAUAAGUUUAAGAGCAACCAUAAGAAAAAUUAAAAACAGAGAGAGUGUAAACUGCAAACUAUUAAAUGCUAUAUUAAGUCACUGCCCAUUCUCGGACACUGAAACUUGUCGGAAAAGAGUGAAGAAGAAGAGGAAGAGUCGUUCAAGGUUUAUCAAGGAUUACACAAAAAAAAAAAAUUCAUCAACGAUGAAUCCUCAGAGUUCUAGGUUGAGCGAUCACACAGACGUCAACAGCAACGAGUUUCACGCUUACCUCUUGUCUCUGGCUACACGAAUCGACGCAGCUAUUUGGAAUAAUGAAGUUCCAGGGAACACUCAAGAGCUUGCUUCAACCCUCAAUCAAGUGGGUCAAUGUAAAUGUAGUGAUCAAACGAAGGCAGUGAUCAUGACGCUGUUGAUGUCAGUUAAGAGUGCUUGUGAGCUAGGAUGGUUCCCUCAGAGAGAAUCUCAACAACUGUUGGUUCUUGUAUACUCCAUGUUGACGACUUUCACCGAUUCUGAAAACGUCCCCUCUAGUCCAACUCCUAACGGUUCCUUCAGUCUAAUUCCUCAGGUCAUGGAGAGGUUCUAUCCAUUUUUGAAGCUGGGGCAUAUUCUUGUUUCUUCUGAAGCAGAUGCAGAAUCAUUCGCUUUGGUGAAGCCUUUCCAUAUUUCAAAGAACAUUGUGGAACAUUCUCCUAGACCUAGACCAGGACUAUUUGUUUUCCGGACAGAUGACAUAAGCAACUCUAGUUGUAUUAUACAUCCUCAAGAAGUCAGCUUCUCAUUGAAUGGAAGAGGCGUUGACAAGAGACAUAUCAGCUCAAUGGAUUCAAGGCCGCAGCGUCCAACAAAUCUUUAUAACAUGCUCGUAGACGGGGCAAAUCUUCUGCAAACGUUAGGCAGUUUUGGAGGUAGUUACUUCAUUGUUAUUGCCUUGCUCCAUGACAUACCACCCCCUGUCUACCCCUCCCUGAAAGAUUAUGUCAAUGAAUCAGAUUCAGCUUGUGACAUACCUAAGGAGGGCCCAUCAAGAAUAUCUCUCAGCUGUCCUAUAAGCCGCAAGCGUAUCAAACUUCCUGUGAAGGGUCAUGCCUGCAAGCAUCUUCAGUGUUUUGAUUACUGGAACUAUAUCAAAAUAAAUACGAGGGUACCAUUCUGGUGCUGCCCACAUUGCUAUCAGUUUGUCUGCUAUACUGACAUCCGUUUAGAUCAAACCAUGAUAAAGAUUCUAGAAGAGGUGGGAAGUAAUGUGACAGACGUGGUUAUUUCUCCUGAUGGAUCAUGGAAGGUUGUAACGGAGAACGAUGAGAAUGUGGAAGCUACUAAUCAUCACGGAGACACCAGCAGUUCCCAGAACUUGAGUCCAACUGUUUUGGAUCUUACAAGAGAUGAUAAUGAAAUGGAAACAUCCGGAAACAGUCUGAUUCCUAUGGUUAACCAGUCUUCUGAUUCAGUGGAGGCACUGCCACAAACUUUGAAUGUUAAUAAUGAUGGGCAGCAACAGUUUCCAGUGUCAUCGGCAAGAGAAGUCAUACACAUGCCAUUCUUACCAACCUCAUUGCCGCAAGAUAGAGUAGCUGCAAAUACAGGAGGCCCUCACAUACCUAUGCCUGGUGCUCACUCUUCUCAAUAUCAAGGGUUACAUGUUUCUUCCCUUGGACUUUCUCUUGGAAGAGACUCUGAUUUGAUGGAGAGGUGGAACCACCACAACUAUGGAAACUGCAUACCUCAAACUCAGUUUCAUCUUCCCACAAGGAGCUUGUCACCUGUGCAGGAAAGACCAAUCCCAUCUUCCUUUACGUCUCCUCAAACUUUAGCUUUCAACUAUGGAGGGACCUCCGACCAGAGACACAUGCAAAGACAUAAUCCUGGUGGGGCUGGGGAACAGUUGUCAUCACGUGAGUUCAUGAACAUGACUCCUGAUAACUCUGCGAAUAGGCCACAACAGAUCCGGAUGAUGCGAGGCAGCAUAACUCCCGGUUCCACAAGGUAUGACCACCUGAUCAUUCGACCUACCCAGCGGCCGGUACAGUCACAAUCACAAGCUCAAACACUUCCUCCACCUCAGCCAACAGCUUACAGUCACGUCCCGGUUCAGUCACAAGCUCAAACGUUUUUGGCGAACCCAAGCUAUCCUGUUGGUACUAAUGAAACGCAAGCUGGGAGCAGUUUAUUGCCCUUGGAGGAAGAUGUUGCGCCACUCGGGUCGUUUUGGUCAGUGCCUCGUGAGACAUGAUGAAGUCUGAUGGCUAAGAUAUGCAACACAUCGUUGGUAGCAAUAGCAUGAAUCCACAAAACACAGUCAGUAACAGUAAUUAUAAGUAGCGUAUGAGUCUGGUAUUUUUUGGUACAAACCGGUUUAGGUUUCCGGUAUGUACAGGGGGAAAGUUGUUUUUUUCGGUCUAGGGUAUUCUUGAGACUCACGCAAUGUGAAAACACUAGGGUAUUUGUUUGAUCUUUUUUCUUGUAUUAGAUUCCUAAAAACAUAAUCCGGUUUGUGUUCAGGUACGU